CCAAAAACAAACACUUCGUGACCCUGGUUAUAUUUACAACUUAAUAAAAAAAGUUAGCAAAGUAAGAGUAGUCAAAUAAAAUUGGCAAAGUUGAAAGAUAAUUUAUUAUUUUACAACUACACGGAGAUGAAACUAACAGUAUACUCAGCAACCUUUUUUACGUUUGUGGCUUGUGCAACAAAUGUCAUCUUUUUGGAACAUCUUGUCAAAUUUUCUCCUGGUUGUGGAGAACUUGUAACUUUUGCGCAGUUUUUAUUUAUUGCUUCUUAUGGUUUUGUCACAGUGGCAAAAUUUGGAACUGAACCACCCAAGGUUCCUAUUAGAGAAUAUCUGUUUGCUGUUGUUCUAUUUUAUGGAAGCAGUAUAUCUGGAAACCUAGCUUUUGAGUGUCACAUAUCUAUGCCAAUACAGAUGAUUUUUAAAUCAGGAUCGGUUAUGGCUAGCAUGGCAUUAGGUGUGUUGUUGCUUAAAAGAAGUUAUUCUCUUACUAAGUAUGUAUCUGUUGUUAUGAUUACAAUUGGUAUUGGAAUGUGUUUGUUAUUCUCAACAAAAGAUAAAAAGAAUGAAAGUGAACCUGAAGUAAAUUUUUUUACUUGGCUAUGGGGUGUAUUUCUUUUGACAUGUUCUUUGUUUAUGGGUGCAAGAUUAGGUGUUUGCCAAGAGGAGAUAUCAUUAAAAUAUGGAAAGUAUCCGGAAGAGAGUUCUUUUUAUUUACAUGCUUUGGCACUUCCAGGAUUUUUAUUCUUUUCUAAAAAGAUAUACUCUCAAGCAUCCAUUUUUACAACCUCAGAAUACUUUGAAUUGCCUAUUAUUCAAACAGGAGUUCCAGUAAUUUGGUUGUACCUAGUUGUAAAUGUAGCUACUCAAUUUGUUUGUAUAAAAAGUGUUUACCAGUUGUCUACUGAGAUGUCGUCAUUGUCAGUGACGGUCGUCUUGACUUUAAGGAAGUUUCUUAGUCUUUUGAUUUCAAUAUACUAUUUUCAAAACCCGUUUACGAUUUAUCAUUGGAUUGGUUCAGCUUUGGUAUUUACUGGCACUCUACUUUUCACUGGUGUUCUUCAAAGUGUUUUGUCCUUUUCAAAAGAUUCUCUCAAGAAAACGAACUAAAUUAUUACUUUAAAUUUUUCUACGUGUGUAUAUAUACAUGUGUGUGCAAACACACGCUAUUGCUUUUGUAUAUUCAUAUUUUUCAAACCAGGACUGACCAAAAUAUAAAGACUCAUUUUGGCUUUAAUAAGAUUUAUAAAAUGAAAA